GGUGGAAGUGGGAUACUUUGUGACAAUGUUCAUUGUCGAUAUUUCACUGGAGCUGCCGUGGGCAUGAGCGCGCAGCGGAGAGCCUCUCGCUUCUAGCCGUAUGAGGCUUCUGCAGCUCCGGACCGUGUUGUUCUUCUCGUCCUCUAAAGCUUCUAAAACACUCAAGAGGAAUUUAUAUCCUUUUUUUUAUUUUUGUUUUUUAGACAUCGCAGUUUUUUUUUGUUUUGUAAAGAUAACCGCCUGCGUAAAAACAAUGAUCGUCCGUUGCGUUUUUUGCUGACAACAUACUUGCGUUUCUGUCUGGCUUUUUUUUUUUUUUGUGCCCAUCUAUGUAGCAUUUCGGAAGACUUGCUUUGCACGCUGGAAAACGCAACAAAGAGAGAAAAGAUCAAACAAAGGGGGAAAAGCGUGUGUAGUUGAUUUUUUCCUUGGGGGAAGAAUAUUCUCAUGAUAUCGACCGGAGAGGAGACGGACUGGGUUUUAUUCUGACUCUCGGAGGGCGAGGGAGAAAAGGAGGCACCGAGAGCUAAAGAGAGAAAAAAGCUCUCUGAAUGCUGCCUUUGAUUAUUUGCAAGCAGAACAAGGGACGGUAGUCGAAGCGACGGAUCUGCUUCGCCACCAUCCUCCUCUUCCUCCUCCUCACCCUCUUCAUCCCCGGCUCUGCUCGUCUUGUCUCCCCACCUCCCGCCCCCUUCCCUGACCACAGGUUAUCGGAUGGACCAGCAUCCCAGUGCCCGGAGCUGCACCAGUCGCGGGGCUUCGUCCUGCGAGGCCGUCCCGACUGAACCCUCCAUGAAUCUUUACAUCCACUCCACCACCGGCACACGCUUCGAGCUCUCUCUGCCCCUGGAGGAGACCGUGGAGGGACUGAAGAGGAGACUGUCGCAAAGACUCAAAGUACCAAAAGAGAGACUCGCUCUGCUGCACAAAGAAACGCGACUAAGUUCAGGCAAACUCCAGGAUCUAGGCAUCUCGGAUGGGAGCAAGUUAACACUUGUACCUACAGUCGAAGCAGGAUUAAUGUCUCAAGCAUCAAGACCAGAGCAGUCAGUAAUGCAAGCAUUGGAGAGUCUAACAGAAACUCAGGUCAGUGACUUCUUGUCCGGCCGCUCCCCCCUCACCUUGGCACUGCGCGUCGGCGACCACAUGAUGUUCGUGCAGCUCCAGCUGGCGGCGCAGCAGUCCGGCGGCCCGCAGCUCCAGCACCGGCACCUCAUUACCCGGGGCAACACGGAGGCCGCCAUGGGACAGCCCACGGGGCAGCCCCGCGUCCCCCACCCUCACCCCCACUCCCACCACCACCCCCACCAUCCACACAGUCACCCCAGCCCCCACUUGUCCCAGCCUCACCCGGUCCCUUCCUCCCCCUCCUCCCCGGGCUCCCCGUCCUUCCCCCUGCCCUCCACGCACCACCAGCCGCUCCCUCCCAUGUACCACCAGUCGCCCUCCUCUGCUCACUGUAGCCCCCCAACUCCCCCUCCCCCACCCCUCUCCCCUCGCCCAUCCCACGUGCCCGGGGGUCUUUUCCGCUCUCCGGCCCACCACCAUCACCACCAUCACCACUACCACCAGCCUUCCUCAGGCCAGCCCAGCCACGACGUCGGCCAGGUCAGCCCCGUAGCCCCGGUCCUCUGCCCUGAGGCUAACUGCAGCACCAACAGCCCCACCAGUGGCAGCAGUCCCUCGACACGCUCCCGCAAACCUGGCGCCAUCAUUGAGAGCUUUGUCAACCACGCUCCCGGAGUCUUCUCAGGGACCUUUUCAGGCACUUUGCACCCUAACUGCCAGGACAGCAACGGGCGUCCCAGACGAGACAUCGGUACCAUCCUGCAGAUCCUCAACGACCUCCUGAGCGCCACUCGCCACUACCAGGGCAUGCCCCCCUCCCUCACCCAGCUCCGCUACCAGACCCAGUGCGGUUCGCCCACCUCCCCGUCCCCCUCACCGCCCCCUUCGCCUCCGGUUACUGGCAUGACGGGCCUCUCUGCCAAAGCUACCUCUGUGCCCGCCGGCAGCCCCAGCAGCCCUCCGCCGACUCUCCAUCCGCUGGUGCAGUGCCAGAGCCAGAUCCGCAUGUGCAAACCCCCUGGCGACCGUUUGCGUCAGACCGAGAACCGUGCAACCCGCUGUAAGGUGGAGCGUCUGCAGCUGUUGAUGCAGCAGAAGCGUCUGCGCAGGAAGGCCAGGCGGGACCAACGCGCUCCUUAUCAGUGGCUCCCCAACCGCAAGGCCGGACGCAGCAACAGCAACAGCAGCAUGUCCAGCGAGGGCUCCCUGGACCUGGACUUUGACGACUCGGUGUGGAAGCCCGACGUCAAGGCCGACUUGAAGUCCGAGUUCGUCAUGGCCUGAACUGCCCCCCGCCGCUCCCGGACGGAGAGAUUCAAAGAUGUUGCAGAGCAUCGCUUGGGAUUUACUUAGAGAUAUAUUUUGGAGGAGUGGAUUGGCAGGAGGGGACUGCAAAGAGGAAAUCAAAGCUGUCUUUGUGACUGACUGUCACAUGAAAAAAGAAAAAAAAAAGGCUCCCUGCAGACUUUAAUCCCAUUCUGUCCUUCACGGUUGACCUUGUGAGAAAACAGCAACAAUAGCAAACGAACUAUCUUGUGAUGCUUGGAUUUGGACAGGCAACAACCGGACUUAACAGUGUACAAGACUUUUUUUUUUUUAGGGUAUGAUUACAGAGACCGUACCUGAACUUGAGCAUAGCAGAAUUCAGUCGGUGGUGGUGGUGGUAUUUUCAGAAUUUUUUUUUCUAAGAUUGUUUUUUGUUUUUAAAGUGCACUCUGGGCAGAAAAUGAAGAGAUCCACACUGGACUUAUUAACGAGACAGGAGCACCAGAGGCCUCAGUGUUUCCUAAUCACAAGAAAAGGCAGAACUGCCGGACUAUGGAUUAUUCCAAUGGGCAUUCUUAUUGAUCUCAAAACUCACCAACCAGAGUCCAGUUUUUACCUGUUACGGGGUGGUUAAACCUUUUUUUUUUUUCUUUUUUUCUUUUUCCACUUUUAAACAUAUUAUUAUAUUUUAUAAACAAAAAAAAUAUGUAGCAUUGUUCACAAAGCAUUCAGGUUUUCAUAUUAACAGUUCAAAGUAGUUGUUGAUUUGCACAUUCUCUUGAUUUAUAACAGCUGGUCAAAAUGUGCAAGAAGGAGGAGGAGGUGGGGCCUGAAAUAGAAUUAAAAAAAAUAAAUAAAAAUGAAUAUGGAAGUAUUGAUAUCAACCUCAGUGACAUAGGGUAUCGAUAGGAAUGAUUAAUGAAUAAACAAAAUGAAUUAAUAUUAACAGAAAGUGCUUUAGAGGAUUUUAAAAUCUUUAAAAUGUAUAUGGAAAAAAAAAAAAUCUAUUUUUAUUUCUCUUCCUAUCUGCUGUUUUCAAAAAACAGCAGCCCUCUGUGGCUUUAGUCAAGUCAUUGACUACCAACAAAUAUGUACAUCCAUUCAAUCAUUCAUUAGCCGAUCCAUGAAUUAUUUCAUCUAGCCACAACAAAUGAUACGGAAAGAUCAUUUUUUUCAUCAUAGCCCGCCUCAUGUCUUACAGACCUGAAUGGACUUGUCGAGGGAUUUUUUUUUUUUUGUGUACAUAAAUGUGACAAUUGGCAAACAUUUAUGAGGGUGUGUGUAUGUUUGACUAUGUUGUAAAUUGAUUUAGAAUAUCCCAUGUUCUUUUUGUCACGGUUGUCUUCUCCCAAAUAAACCCCAUAGUUUCUCGAAAAUCAUCAGCCGCAGUAAGUGCGUGGGUCACUACUUUCUAGCAGAAAACAAUUCCAAGUCGGCUCCCAGUUUGUUUGUUCUUUUUUCUCUUUUUAGGCCCAUUUGAUCUUUUAUCACAAGUCCUCAUAAUGAUGACUCUAUUUUUUUACUGGCAAAGAGGGAGAAGGAGAAGUGGGGAUCUUUAUCCAGCAUCAUUAUCUAGUGCCUCCACCAGUACAUCCAUUGACAUAUCAGGUUAGGCCUUUCACAGUUUUUGCUGCUACACAUUGGGGGGGACUUACUUCAAAUGAAAAGAGGAAAAAAAAAAGAAGAAGAAAAAACAGCAGGAAAGGGAGGAUAAAAGUGACUUUUCUUUGCAUGCAGAAGUGUGAAAUUACACUGAUCUUUUUUCUAUUUGAUGGAAGAUAUUAAAAAAAAGAAAAAAAGAAACUGGUGCUGUGGGAAUGAAGGUUAACAACAUGCAUGAAUUUGUGAAGAAAAAUAACACAAUGCUGCUUUUGUUUGGUUAGAUUUCUUUUUUUUUGUAACCUUUUUUUUUUUUUAAUUUUUUGAUUUUUCAAUGUUAGAACAACUGCUAAAAGUAUUAACGACGCAGAAACCAAAACAGAUGAAGUCAAAGUGUGCGGACUCACGUUGUUGCUCAGCACUGAACAUUCCUGUUGUGUGACAAUGAAGAUGAUGAUGAUGAUGAGCAAAGAGCAACUGACUCUCUCUCUCUCUCUGUCUCUAUCUCUGUCUCUCUCUCUCUCUCAACUCCCCCCCCCCAAAAAACGCUGGUUUUUAACCCCCCAUGACUCUCAAGGACCCAGACAGCCUAACGAACUGUUUCGCCACCUCCCCUCCUCCCAGCCUGAACGUCAACCAAGAGGCUCAUGUGGACGUAUUAUUCGCACAGGGGAAAAAAAAAAAAAAACCCAACAGACCGGUGGAUUUUUACAGCAAUGUCCGUCAAACCCCCCACUGGAGAGAAGCGUCUGGUCCGUCUCUUUUGUCUGUCUGUCUGUCUGAUCGACCACCCUACCACGAUUGCACUCCCAGAGAUUGCAGUGAGAGAUUACCUUUUUUGGUGAACCUCGUCUUUUUUUUAAGUGGCCUUACCUUUCACUAAAAAAAAAUGAGACACUUGGGGACAACUUGGGGCGGGGAGGGCGGGAAACGUUUCUUUGGUUUUUUUCAACAAAAAAAAAUUCAAUAAAAAAUUUCUGUGCGUAUCGAUGUCGGACUUGUUGUCAUCAAAGGCGCCAUUUUUUUGUCACUGAGGACACUGGGCAUCUGUCGUUUAGUGCUUUUAGCUGGUGGAGUCUCUAUUAUGUCAAGGCUUCUGUGCCUUAAAAAUGUUGCCCUUGCAGUGUCAGUGUCAGAUUUUUAAAAAAAGCUUGUUUUCGUCGGUUGAUGCACGCGGCUGCCCCGUUCGCGGCCGUCGUAGAUUUUUCGGGGUGAAGCUUGUUUGAGCGAAUCAAAUACUGUUCAAAAGUAGGUGUUGUUCCUCAAAUAUUGUCUUUGUCCCAUUUCUUCAUUGUGUUGCCAUGCUUGUUGGUCUCUGUUUUUAGAAACCUCACGUCCCUCCUCCCUCCAACACCCCCCCUACAACCAACAAGCUGCAAAAAGCUUCAAAUCUGUGUAACUUAUGUUAACUGAGGAAGUUUACGCCACAGUACUUAGCGAGAAACAGCCCGAUUUCAGAAUGAAAAAAAAAAAGAAAAAAAAAAAGGUCCUCUGAGGACUCCAGACUACAUGCACUUCCUGUUUCCUUGGGUACAACAUUUAUUAAAAAGGACAAUUGAACCCCUGCCCCUCCCAAAUUUUUUUAUUUAAUUUCUUUUUUUUUUUUUGUAUAUGUAUGAACUAUACUCUGUGUGUGCCUCACUUCUGUGUGAAACUCAAAAAGAUGAAACAAAACAAAAAAGAUGACAAAAAGCAUUACAGAGAGGAUUAAAAAACAGUAUGUUGGUGGAAUUCUGAUCACGUCAUUUAAGUUGCCUGUUCUUUCUUGUAGCCAACUAUUGAAAAUAACAGGAUUCAAGAAUACAAUUUACAAUGUUCUAGCUCUAGACCGGUGUAGCACAUGUGUGACUGUAUUAAUUUAUGAAACCAAAAUGGUAACUGUGAAUUAUGUAUUUCUUUGUGCAUUUUUUUUUUUUUUUUUUAAAGCGGGGGAGAAGGUUUGUCGGGACACGGCAGCAGCCGAUGCUCGUGUCCGGGGAGGGGGGGAAACUUUUUUUUUUUUUUUUUUGGUGGAAUAUAAUGGAAGCAAAACGUGUUUCCGAAAAAGAAAAAAAAAUGUCAAAAAAAACCCACAACAAAAACAAACAAAAAAAAGAAAACGAAAAAAUAUAUGAAUAUAUUUUUUUUCUUAAGCAAUACAUUUCAGUGUGACUUGUGAUAGAACAUUUUUCUUUUUUUUAGGUAAUAAAUAAAUAAAUAACAAAAUGAGUACAUCA